AGUCCAGGGCCCCCAGUGCAGACCGCAAUCAAUUGCAAUCCUAAAAAGCCGUACACUACAGUCAUCCGAAGUCAUAAUAUACUCAAGAAAUCAAAGUUACUCGCGGAGAGAACGAUACAGAUCCGAGAACGUAACGUGUAGUCAGCUCUAAACUAAACUUAUAGACAUCAGAGGCUCCUGCCCAGCCUGGCGGUUCCACUUAAGGCUAAUUCACACCAUCAGCAUUCGACAAACCAUCCCAGUGCUGAUCUUCCAGUGUAAAUGGCAACAUAGUGAAAGUGAAAAAGCAGUCCACUCAUUGAAAUUAAAAAUGUAAUAAUCUGCCAUAUGUAAUUAAUAAAGCAGAAUAAAAUAACGGCCUGUGAAAAUAAAGACUGUCUAUCAAAUCCGAAUUUCCCCCGACACCCUGGUUAUCAACGAAGCUUACAAACAAAGCUACGAGCAGAUGAAAAUGUGAAAAUUCGUUAUGAAAUAACUUUCCUCAAGAAAAAAACAUCGAAUCGAACUAAAUUUGUGUCGCGGCUAGAUUGCUUGGCGACGAUUCAGCAAUUUUUUGGGGUAACUCUACCCUUAACUCGUGGCAAUGCCAACCAAGCUUCUUAGCUGGGAUGGCCAGUGAAAAAGGCUAAGGAAAAAUUGUCCUGAGCGAAAAGAAAAGUGAAUCAAGACAAGCGGACGUGCUGUAUAAACUCUUUGCGACGACUUGUUUGGCAAUAUUCAAAGAGAAUCGGCGGACCAGGGCACAGUGAAUCUGUAAAUCCUCUAAAGUGACUGAAAAUUCCGUGACGGGUUCUAUUUUGGAUUUGUGAAUUUUAGCCCUUAAAUGCGACAGUUUGACAGUGAAGUGAAGAUAAUGAGUCCAUUGUUUUCUUUGGAAUAAAUUGAAUUAAAAUAAAUUGCUUCUGAAUAGCAAAACAAAAUCUGGGAAAUGAGGAUAACAUUUUUUCCCUUUUUUGGAUUACUCUUACAAGCGGACAUUGAAUGGUAUACCCGGAAAUUUGCACUAAACAAGCGACUGAGAUGAGAAUGCCAACAGUUAGACCUGUACAGCACAAACUAAAUGAAUCCCCAAUUCCCCAAAAUUGAGACAGGGAAUUGUCGCAAAGUGCAAAUUAGAAUACUCUCCAUGCAUUGUAUUUGAACAACAAUUACUCAGGUUGUACAGUGCCGAGAAGACGGAAACUUGUCACCGUCCUGCACGCUUUUUUAGGCUCCUUGGUGGAGUAAAAUCUUUAUAUUCAUCGCCGCAACUGUGGGCUGAUAUUAGGUAGCGAAGCGUGUGGAAGGCACUGGCAAAGGGGACGCCAAUUCCAAACAGAGCUCAUUCGAGAGGCACCAACACUGUCCUUACUGCCAAUGAAAGCGGUAGCAACUGCGUAAACCGCAACGAAUCGUGCAUAAACGGAAAAUCACAGUGAGAGUGCGAGGAAUAGAGGAAUCCUUUGCCUGACUAGAGGAUUUAGAGCCACUCGCUGGCCAAUUCGGUGCCCCUCGGCGGAAGCCUUGAGAUGGAGCCGCGCCAGAGCUGUAGGCGGCAUUGCUCUCGCACCAGCUCCCGUCCCGUGCAUCUUGGAGCUACAAUUAUUGCGUUGGCCUUGGUGUGGACCCAGUCCCCCAGCUCCGUGUUCUGCGGCGAGAAGUUGGCGCUACUGUCGGCCACGCUGCGCACGUAUCAGAAAGCGGCCUGCGACUCGGACCAGGUGGUUAUUGCCUGUCCUCGAGGCACCAGCAUCUCAAUUGAGUUUGCCCAGUACAACAAGUUUGUGGCGAAAGAUGGCUAUAGCAUUGAGGAGCUGUGUCCAAUUUCUGGAGCCGCUGCAACCGAGAUUCGUGGCAAGGCGAAACACCUGCUACGGGGAUCCAUCUUUGGCUCAUCCUCACAGAAAGUUCCUGCCAAUCGCUAUGUAAAUGGCGGCUACGGCGGCUAUGGCUAUGGCGUGGCCAUGGCGGUGCCCUCGGCAGUGGAUGCUCUCACCAGCACAUGGGCAAGUGCAACUGGUUCUGAGCUGGAGUCUAGGAGCACUGUCAACUCUGGAAACCCUGGGAAGUCCGUCCCUGUUGGCGAGCUGCUAGGCCCCGCUGAUAAUGGCGAUGAUUCGCCAGAAAAUUGCAUGUGGCCGAAUGCUCUACAGUACUCCCUGCUUCAGACGGUGGUCGAGGCAUGCCAGAAGAAGAAGCACUGCAAGUUUCACGGAUCCCCGCAAUUCUACGGACUGGGAGCCAGCGGAGUGGGCGAUUCGUCCGGCACCAGCAGCUAUCACAGCAGCACGGCUAGCUCCAAUGCAAUCAGCAACGACCCCUGCCCCAAGCGUCGGAAAAUCGUCGAAGUUGCCUACAAAUGCCGCCCAUAUGAGUUCCGCAGCAAGGUUGCCUGUCACAACGAUGUUGCCCAGCUGGAAUGCAACCCGUACUCUCGGAUAGCGGUGUACAGCGCCAGCUUUGGGAGGACCGAGUACGAGAGCAUCCAGUGCCCACAGCCGCAGGGUGUUCGCGAAGAAACGUGCCUCGCCUCAUACGCGACAGAGACCGUCAUGCAAAUUUGCCACGGACGACGGCGAUGCAACCUGGCAGCUGACGCAAACACCUUCGGCACUCCGUGCCAGCCCAACUCGCGGAUGUAUCUGAAGGUUGUUUACACAUGUGUGCCAAAGCAAGUGCUCAAGGAGAGCAACGACUCGGAAGUGGAGCCGGACGAGUCUGAAGACUUUGAGGGCGACAUCAACGACCUCUACGACGACGAGUUGAUCUACAAGGAGUCGGAGGCGAUACCAAAACUUUACGGAAACACAACAGCUCUCGGAAGGCGCAACAGCACCAACGGGCCUGGGUCCGGAGCUAGUGCUAAUCCUGCUGGCAAUCAGACCAUGACGAACGGCUCCCUGGUCUCAGAUGUCGAUGGCAGUGGCGUCAAUCCUGUAAUGACACAUAGUGCCGACUUGAGCCUAGAGGAUGACCAGGAGCGCAUGUACUUCUACCUCCUUAUCAUUGGGUCGCUGGGGGUGCUCUUCUCUAUCGUCAUCGUUGCCACUAGACUCGUGUUGCAGAAGCGUCGGGGUCUUGCAACCAAUACGCACUCCACCGACAGCUCGAGCAAAGGCGGCGGGGGCGGAGGAGGCCUAGUCGACGAGACGACAAUUCCCAGCGGCUUUAACGACACCAUUUCCGAAAUAGAUGCAGACAUCGACCUCACUACUCCAAUACCUGUGCCCAGUGUGUCCAAGAACGAGAACUAUUUGACCUACGCGCCAGCCAGCAACUUGUAUGCUAGCCUGGCUCCUGGCUCUGGGCCUGCCGCUGGGUUGAUAGCGAAUCCCCUUCUAGUGGGAGCACGGCAGUCGCCCGACCUCAUUGGCAUAUCCUCAGGCACCUUCGUGGCGACGAGCAGUGCCAGCGCCGGUCCAGGAACGGUGGCGGGAAUUCUGACGCCGGCCAUUGUCAUUGGAGCCAACGGAGCUGGAGCAGGCUUGCCCGGCAGCAGCGCCAUAAGCACAAUGGUACCAAUCACUUCGCUGGCUCAGUACACGACGGCGCCGACAAUCAGGGGCGGGUAUAUCAUAAACGCUGAGGGCAUGGGUAUGGGCGUCCUGCAGCGCCAAACCAAUACGCCCACGCCGCCAUCCUCGCUGGCGGGCGGUUCGCCGGCGCACCCUCCAUCACAGCAGCUUCAGUCUCCGCUAAGUAUGACGACGCUGAGCCAUGUAGCCGGGCCGGGCACUUCGACGCUGCGCCGCUCCAAGCCCCCCAUGCUCCAGCCACAACUCUCCUAUGACGGCACUGCGCCGCGCACAUUGUCCACUGGCGUUGCUGUCGGGUCGCAGUUCUACUACGGAUGACAGAGCACUCUGGAUUGCGAGCCCCAUGUGUAUACCACAUCAGUGAGCGUCGCUGUCGCCCCUCCCAAUGUCAGCAGCAAGACUAGUAAGGACAUGCCGGGACAUCAGUUGCUCGAACCCUCCGAACGUGCAACAACUGUGGAUGCGUUUGCUGGACCCUAGCCACCCGUGGAUACGAGUGUUUCUGUGCGAGACACCAACGACAAUACAAAGAAAAUCCUAGCCAGCUCCUCCCCUUUGCAGCAGUACACAGGUCCAGAUUGAGGAGUGCUCUCUUGUCCGGCGUUUAGGAAUUUGGUGGAGAGGACUCAGGCGAGCUGUUUUUAAAUAUGGACGAGCUUUCGGUAACUGUAAAUACCUAAUGAAUGAAUGCAUUUUGAGAUUAUAGCCAAAAUUAUAUUGGUUCAUAGCCCGAUGUAGAAAAGGUCUUAAGCCAUCUUGUAGGUUGUCUGUCUACCAGCGUGGUUGUCGUUCGACGUAUCUCGAAUCAAUUUAGUGGUACAGCUUUGUCUGUCUUUCUGUCUUUUAUGCUUCUGCGAACAAAAAAGGAGUUGCCUUACAAAUUUGUUGUACCCAAUAAGUGAAAGUAAAUUGCGCGGGGUUCAUUUGGCGUUAUCAAUAAUGUAGCGACAGACACAAGCAUAAACAUAUGCCAACAAAUAGGCAGACACGGCCUCAGAGUACUGCUCAUCCUCACCCCCAUCAUAUCCAUCAAGCCAGCAGUGUGGGGAGGGGGGGGCAGCGUACGUGUGGGAGGACCGAGUACUAAUGGCUGCCGCUUAGGGGCGACGUCUAACACAAAUACUGCCACAUACUCGCACUCGUAAGCCGUCGCACAUCCGCACAGAUAACGACGCAACUCCCCGCAGAGUAAACAAAACACGACUUCUCAUAAAUGUCGAGGCCUAGGCCGGAGCCUGCCCUUACCAGAGAACUAGUAGGUAUGUAAAUUUUGGGGGCACAUACGUUCAAUUACCAGUAGUAUGUGUGGGUUCUUGUAGCGCUGAGACAUGUAAAUGCUUUAUUCCUCCAGAUUCAGUGUGUGUGUUUGUGUGUGUGUGUGUCUGUGUGAGUCUUCGUGUAGCUCAUUGUGGGCCUCAGAUUAAUGCGAUACAAAUGUACAUAUGAGCGUAAUUAAUAUCCGGCAUUGCUGACUGACCUUAGACGUGGCUGGGGCUGGGGCUGGGGCUGGAGCAGACAAACGAGCUAAUGGAUUGCACGGAAGCGCUCUCCCGUGGCAUAUGUGUACCACCGGAAAUGGCGUGGUUUCUAUGAACGGCGUGCCACACUGGUAGACACAGCAUUAUAGGUCAUAGUCGUAGACUUUUAUUUAGAGAUAGAUCUAUAACAUAGGCAAUUCGCUUCACUUCGCGUUGUCUUGGACGUUGCUGGCAUGCAUCCUCGACGACGAACCAGUGCUGUUUCUGCGGGAGUUCAGCUGCGAUAGCCGUUCAGCUGUGGGGUAUACGCAUGGUGUACACCCACACCCACACAGCUUGCACCCUCGAGUGUGCGUCUGAAAUGUCAAGCAUUUACGAACAGGCCAGCUUUUCGUUGAACUACUCGCACUCGUGCGUAUCUCAUCGUGUUGUUCGGUUUGGGGAUUUAUUUCGAAUGUCAAGUGCCUUCCUAAUUAGCAUUUAAGUGUGUACUUACUAUCUACGAGUACUUCAAGUCGUAGGCCACAAAACGAAGGAGCCUGCAUUUAGUAAAGUGUAUAUAGCAUAGCCUACAGCCAAACUGAAAUAACUAACCUAAUGGAUGGUCACAUUAAAAUAGCUCAAUUUAGCCAAGAUGUAAAUACGAGUAUCACUAUCACUAGGCACUAUCAGUAGGCAAAAAAUUGGAGUGCAUAGAAAUGGGAGAGUGGAGUGGAUCUGGAUCUCCAUCAGACUCCGUUCAGUAAGUCUAUGUAGCACCUAACAGAUGUGGUUCUCAUUAGGACAGCAGUUAAUCAAAUCAUACACAUGUAAAUAAAUUAUUCCUGUUAGCUAAGCCACAAUGAAUAACUCGUAUUCGUCUAUGAAAAUGAAAAUGUUCAGAGGGAAAAUAUAAACUUGAAUCAUCAAAAAUACACACAUGCAGGCAUACUAAUCGACUCUAAUCGAACCCGUAUUCCUCUAUUGCUGUGGCGAGGCAUUGGCCAUUGGAUAUGGGUACUUACGGAUACGGAUACUUUGCGUAAAUAUCUAUGUAAAGUUGAGAAGAAAGUUGAAUGAAACCACAAAAAUAUGUAUAGCCAUAAGAGUAAUCUGUAGGUAAACUGUGAAAAGAUUUUGGUUCCCUUCACUUUCCAUUUCUUCUCCCACUUCCCAUUCUUAUGUACUGUACAUUUUAUACGUUUCUUUUUAACAAAAUAAAUAAAUGAAAUAUUAACUUA